AUGGCGUCUGGAUACGGCUUGACAGGAGGUCCCUCACGCUGCUUCCCCUUCUGGCAAGAAGUCCUCGCCUGCUACGUAGUCAACACAAACGCCGAAGACGACUCCGGCAAAGCAAAGUGCCAACCAGUCCUCGAAGACUACUACGAGUGCCUUCACCACCGUAAAGAAGCCAGCAAAGUCCUCGCCCUCCAAGCCGCAUACCGAAAACGAGAAGCCUCCACACCACGAGACGACGCGCCGAGCGCAGGGCAGAUACGGAGUUUGGGAUUGUUAGAGGCGAGUGAUGCGGAGAAGAAUGUGAAGCAUGGAAGUCUGCUGCCGACGUUUGGGAGCAAUAAUCCUAAGGGUGCGGAGGGGAAGGCUUAA